AUGGGUAUGGGGUGGAAAGUUGUGAGCGAUGUGAAGCCAUACCUGGCGAUGGUGCUGCUGCAGGUGGGGUUCGCCGGGAUGUACAUCAUCGCCGUGGCGUCCCUCAAGGCCGGGAUGAGCCACUUCGUGCUCGUCGUCUACCGUAACCUCGUCGCCACCGCCGUCAUGACGCCCUUCGCCCUCUACUUCGAGAGAGGACGGAGGCCAAAGAUGUCAACCACCAUCUUCCUCAAGAUCAUGGGGCUCGCAAUCCUCGAGCCCGUGAUUGACCAGAACCUCUACUUCUUGGGCGCGAAGCUGACCUCGGCGGGAUUCGCGACGGCGCUCCUCAACACCCUCCCGGCCGUCACCUUCGUGCUGGCCCUCAUCCUGCGCAUGGAGAAGGUGCGGCUGCGCAGCCUGCACAGCCAGGCCAAGAUCGCCGGCACGGUCCUCACCGUGGCCGGCGCCGUGCUCAUGAUCCUUUAUCACGGCCCCGCCAUGCAGUUCCCGUGGACCAAGGGCCAGCACCACGCCACUGCCGGUGGCCAGGGCGCCGUUGGCGCCGCCGCCGCGCGGGACUGGCUGAAAGGGACCAUGAUGCUCAUCGGCUCCUGCAUGGUCUGGUCGUGCUUCUUCAUCCUCCAGUCCAGCACGCUGCGGAGCUACCCGGCGGAGCUCUCCGUCACGGCGCUCAUCUGCGGCAUGGGCUCGCUGAUGAGCGGCGCCGUCGCCGUCGUCGCUGAGCGCGCCAACACCCAUGCGUGGGUUAUCGGCUUCGACACCCGCCUCUUGACCGUGGUCUACGCCGGCAUAGUGUGCUCCGGCGUGGCCUACUACUUGCAGGGCGUCGUGUCGAGGCAAAGGGGCCCGGUCUUCGUGACGGCCUUCAACCCGCUCUGCAUGAUCAUUACCGCCGUCAUGGGUUCCAUCAUUCUCAAGGAGGAGAUCACUCUCGGAAGUGUGAUUGGUGCAGUGAUCAUCGUGGCAGGCCUCUACUUCCUCAUCUGGGGCAAGAGCAAGGACAAGAUUAUCAUCAGCCCCAGCCAACUCUCCGACGUCAGCGUCAAAGGAGCCGGCGCGCUGCCCUUGACCUUGGCGACCAACGGCCAUGGCCACAUCAAGCAACACGAGCUCGGCAACGGCAACGGCAACGGCGGCCAUGUCGACGUCGAGACGCCCGUGACCAAUGGGCACUACUAG